AUGGCUCUCACCAAAUUUCACACCCUCUUACAUUGUUCUCUUGACGGUGUAUCCAUACUCUUUCUCUUCACAAAGUCCGACAUCAAGACAAUAUUAGUGCCCGUGACAGCAUUUGCUGCGCUUUCUGCUCGUAGCAUAUCCUUUGGAGCGCACCUUCGUUCCACCCUUUGGAUAUGGCUACAUCUGCUUCAAUUCUGUAUCGCAAACCAGGUCAGAAACCCAAAGGAGGACAGCAUGAACAAGCCGUGGAGACCCAUCGCGAGUGGACUUAUAUCUCAAGCAAACGCCCGUUCGCUUCGAUGGGCGGUUUGCUUCAUCUGUUUGGGAUACUCUUAUUUCUCCGGGACGCUCUUCAUCAGCACGUCGCUAUCAUUGGCGAUAUUUCUGAAUAAUGAUAUGUCCAUGGACUCUCAUUGGCUGAGUAGAAACUUCUGGGUUGCAUAUGGAUAUGCGAUGUUCAACGGCGGUGCUAUGAAGGUAAUCUGCUCUACAUCUGAGUGUAUACCCGAGAAUAGAUUCCUCCGAGCAUGCAUAUUCGUCUCUAGUAUUAUAUUCACCACAGUUCAAGCGCAAGAUUUUCGAGACGCAGCUGGCGAUAUCGCAAGCGGAAGAAGCACCCUUCCAGUAGUUUGGCCGCUCGCAAGCAGACGCAUAGAACUCGGGUUGAUCACGCUUUGGUCUUCGAUAAUCUGUAUCUUGUGGGAUGUUAACGCCAUUGUGGCUUCAUUCCUUAUAACGUUUGGAGCGCUCAUUGGACUGCGUUUCUUGCUUCUUCGAAGCGCUCGCGAUGACCAGCAGUCUUAUUUACUCUACAAUGUAAGUCGCUUUGUCGAUAACCCGAGGGGCGCGUGCUGA